AUGGAACGGGUUUUCAGAGGCUAUCAGAGGUUUUUAGAGGCUAUCAGAACCAAAAAUGACGAAUUCUGA